AUGGCUUCGGUACAUCCGGUCAUCACCUCCUACUCCAACGCCUCGAACGAAGCGUCCUGGCUCACAACCGCUUUCAUGAUCACGAACACUAGGUUCCAACCACUCUGGCGACGUCGGUCAGAUAUGGUUGGCAGGAAGUCGGUGUGUGUGGUCGUGCUGUCAAUUUUCGCCCUAACGAACUUGUGCUGUGCUUUGUCACAGAGCAUUGGCUCUUUCAUCGCCGCAAAAGCAGUAUGUGGUAUCGGAGCUGGAGGCACCAUGAGUAUGGCAUUGGUCGUGGUGAACGAUCUGGUCAAGGUCGAGUAUCGGGGUACCUAUAUCAGUCACAUCAAUGUGGCCUUUGGCAUUGGAGCUGCUUGUGGAGCUGCAUUUGGCGGAGUGGUCUCGGAUAGCAUUGGCUGGAGAUGGACCUUUGGCUUCCAAGUGCCCGUCAGCGCUCUGUGCAUGAUCGCGGUCUUCUUCACAGUGCCGGACGGCCUCGGGCUAAUGCUUGCCGCUCAAGCUACAAACAAGAAAGGCGACAACCCAGCGUGGGCUGCUAUAAAAAACUUCGACAGUCUCGGUCUGGUGCUGCUAGUCCUGGCUGUCGCCUGCUUCUUCCUAUUCUUCAACAUGGGUGGAAACGAGCUGCCAUGGAAACAUCCACUCAUCAUCACAUUCAUUGUCCUGGCCGUGGUACUAGCCGGGAUGUGUCUGUUCGUGGAGAAGAGAGCCAAGCAGCCGAUCAUGCCCCUGCAUCUGCUCGUGACGCAUCCAUACGCAAACCUGACAUACGCCAACUUCCUCGCUGGUAUAGCGAGCAACACCGUGCUCUUCAAUGCACCGCUCUGGUCCAAGGCAGUCGAGCUUCACAUACCCUCAGCAUCUGGCCUCCGCUUGACAGCACCAUCGAUCAGCGGUGCCAUCGCAGGAGUCGCAACUGGCUACAUCAUAACUUACACACGACGACUCAAGCCCAUGCUGGUCGUCGGUGCAGUAGUCUACCUCGCUGGAAGCAUCGCAGUCUUCUUCAUGGACCGCAGACUGAACGAAGCCGCACAGGUUGCCCUCAUUACACCUACACCUCUCAGUCAGGGCUUUAUAUACCUCAGCAGCAUGAUGGCAGCAUUUGCGACCUCUCCGCAAGAGCAGCAGGACAUGAUAACAACCACUCUGUCGCUGUGGCGUAAUCUCGGGAUCGUUGUUGGAGUUUCUGUCUCCAGCUUGGUGUUUCAGAAUAUGCUCAACGUGUAUCUUGACAAGGAAGUCGUUGGGCCUGAGGCGCAGAGGUGGAUUGAGAUUGCGAGGGGGAGUGUAAGGAGUGUAAGGAGUGUUGUGUCCAUGCCGGAUCCUUAUCAGUCGCAAGGCAAAUUUAGCAGAGCUGAGUUUCGCGAUGCCUAUACACAGGUACUGAAGUUGAGCUCCAUCACAGCGAUUGUGGCAAUCAUGUUACCAAUCAAGCUAUCCAAGAUGAAGAAAGGCGAGUCUGUGGAUGUGCCUGGCGGCGAGUAA